AUGUAUUAGGGAUCCAAUCUAUCUCGUACAGGUCAGAUGGCUGUAUCAAAUGAUUAAGUUACCAAUUAAUUGAAAUUACUUAAAGCAAAGAUGAUCAAUCGUGAUACUUGGUAAUAAGGAACUAAUCAACAACUAGACGGUUAUCCACAUACACAACCUACAAAACCAUCAUAAUCACCUCUCUAUCCUAAAAGUGACUAUGACUUUUAUACAAUCAAACAAUAAUAGUAAAAUCAAAUGCAAUCCAACUCUUAACCUAAGAUCACUGAUCCACGCACUCUCAAUUACUAAUAAUUACAAUAGUACAAACAAUAAUCGAUUUUACCUCCUCAAAAUUCUAUUCGAAAUGAUCCCUAUCUAGGUAUGAAUGCUAUUAAUAGACUCAACUAUUAUGAUUAACUCUAAAAAUACAAAGAUGAUCCAUCUAAAAAGAAUAAUAACUUAAACAAUUAUAAUGCUCCAAAUAGCUAUUAUGAGCAAUAACUAAAUAAGCGACAAUAACAAUAAUAAUUAAUAUAAUAACCUCCUAAAUAUUAUGAUGAUGUAUUAUCUAAAAAAUAAUAAUCAUAUGGUUAUUAGUAAAAUAACAAUUAUGAUUUCACAUAAUAACCUAUUUUAUAGCAAAAUAAAUAUGAUUUCAUUAAUUACAAUAAUAAUUAUUCCAAUAAUGCUGGAAUAUAUAGUAAUAAUUAAUAAUGGUAAAAUAACAACUAAAAUAAUCUUUAUAAUAAUUACAAUUAUAAUUAGUAAUAAUAGUCAUCUUAAUCAAAUUAAUAUAAUUAAUAUAAUCAAUAUGGGAAUUAAAAUUAGAAUAUAUAAUAAUAAUAAUAAUAAUAAUAAUAAUAUAAUCAAUACAAUUAUAAUUAAAAUACUCAAUCUUUAUCUCCACUCAAAUAAUAAUAGUCAUAAUCUACAUAAUAAUAUAAGUAUUCUCAACAUAAUUCUUAACCUUAAUUUGAUAAAAGAGAAAGACCAUUUGAAAGAUAAUAAUAAGAUCCAAUAAAUGAUUAAUAUAAACAACCUUAAUAGACAUUUGAAUAAAAUAAUAAACCUCAACCUAGAAAAUAACAACAGAUACAAUAACCAUCAUAUAAUAAUAAUAAAGUAUUGAAUCCUAUAGAUGAAUUACCUGCUGUAGCUAAGAAAAAUUAAACCAAUUCAAUUCCACCUCUUGAAGAAGAUGAUGAUGCUGAUUUAUAAGAAUGCCCAGAAGGUUGUGGCAGAAGAUUUAAAGAAAAUGCCUUAGAUAAACAUAUUAAAGUAUGUAAAAAGGUAUUUUAAUCAAAAAGAAAAGAAUUCAAUUCAAAAGCACACAGGUAAGUAUAUUAAGAAUAAGCUAAACUAGAAAAAUAGGGAUAAGUUAAAGAUAAAAUUAUAGAAAAAAAAAAAUAAGUUGCUUAAAAUGGAGAUCCAAAAUGGAAAAAAUAAUCAGAAGCAUUUAGAUAAAUGAUAAAUGCAGCAAAAUCAGGAGGAACUGUAGAUAUUCAACCUUAAGAUGAUUUAGUUGAAUGUCCUGCUUGUGGUCGUAAAUUUAGUGAAUAAGCUGCUGAAAGACAUAUUCCAGGUUGUAAAAAAAGAAACUUUAAAAGAUGA